AUGGCGCUGCUGAGGGCUCUGUCGCCGGCCUCGCGCGGCGUCUCGGCGGCGCCCCUUCCGCGGCGCAGCCUCCUGCUGCUGGCGGCCGCGGCCCGGGCUCACGGCGCGCUGCGUGGCAGUCUCCAGCUCACAGCCGUGGUCAAGGCAGCAUUCUUCCAUCUCCGCUGGGCUUGGCAACUGAUGCCUUACCUCUUCCGCCCAGAUCUAGCCACGGUUAUCCAAGUGAUGGACACCUCUAGGCUGGAUUACUGUAACUCGCUCUACGUAGGGCUGCUCUUGAGAUUGGUCCAGCUGGUACAGAAUGCAGUGGUUCCACCAGUAUUAAAACAGCAGAGUUCAGGGAGAUACAAUUCAAGGCACCUGUUAGAUGCUGCAAAGAAUCUUCAGGGGUGGUCACAAAUCGAUAAAAGAGCAUGCUGGCAUGGACAUGCAGGUGGAGGACUCCACUCAGAUCCAAAAGAAGGGUUGAAAGAAGUAGAUGGCAAGAAAAUCCUCAAAGCUAUGCUGUCCUAUGUGUGGCCCAAAGACAGGCCUGACCUACGUGCCAGAGUUGCCAUAUCAUUGGGAUUCUUAGCCGGAGCCAAGGCUAUGAAUAUAUUGGUUCCCUUCAUGUUUAAAUAUGCAGUAGAUAACCUCAACCAGAUGUCUGGAAAUGUUGGGAACCUGAAUGAUGCACCAAAUACAGUUGCAACCAUGGCAACAGCUGUUCUGAUUGGAUAUGGCCUUUCAAGAGCGGGAGCUGCUUUAUUUAAUGAAGCUAGAAAUGCUGUAUUUGGGAAAGUAGCCCAAAACUCCAUUAGAAGGAUAGCGAAGAAUGUCUUUCUCCACCUGCAUAACCUGGACUUGGGUUUCCACCUUAGCAAGCAGACUGGAGCUUUGUCAAAAGCCAUUGACCGAGGAACCAGAGGCAUCAGCUUCGUUCUCAGCGCUUUAGUAUUCAAUUUGGGCCCCACAUUGUUUGAAGUGGCACUUGUUAGUGGAAUUUUGUAUUAUAAAUGUGGAGCGCAGUUUGCACUAGUAAGCCUGGGGACACUGGGAGCUUACGCGGUAUAUACAGUAGGAGUUACACAGUGGAGGACUAAAUUUAGGAUAGAAAUGAACAAAGCAGAUAACGAUGCAGGUAACACUGCAAUUGACUCGCUGCUGAACUAUGAAACUGUGAAGUAUUUCAAUAAUGAAAAGUUCGAAGUUCAGCGGUAUGAUGGGUUUCUGAAGUCCUAUGAAAACGCUUCACUGAAGACUACCUCUACCCUUGCUCUGCUUAACUUUGGACAAAGUGCUAUCUUCAGUGUUGGUCUAACAGCCAUCAUGGUGCUGGCCAGCCAGGGAAUCGUUGCAGGUAACCUGACUGUUGGUGAUCUGGUAAUGGUGAAUGGAUUGUUGUUCCAACUUUCUUUACCCCUUAAUUUCUUGGGAACGGUGUACAGAGAGACAAGGCAAGCACUCAUAGACAUGAACACCUUGUUCACUCUGCUUAACAUAGACACAAAAAUCAAGGAUAAACAGCUGGCUCCGCCCCUGCAGAUCACACCACAGACUGCUACCAUCGCCUUUGAUAACGUGCACUUUGAAUACCUUGAGGGGCAGAAAGUUCUCAGUGGCGUAUCUUUUGAAGUCCCUGCAGGAAGGAAAGUGGCCAUUGUAGGAGGCAGUGGGUCAGGAAAAAGCACAAUAGUAAGAUUAUUAUUUCGCUUCUACGAACCACAAAAGGGGUCAAUCUAUGUUGCUGGCCAAAACAUACAAAACAUCAGCUUGGAAAGCCUGAGGAAGGCUAUAGGAGUCGUACCACAGGAUCCUGUUCUUUUCCACAAUUCCAUCUUCUACAACCUCUCGUAUGGCAAUAUCAGUGCCUCUGCAGAAGAAGUCUAUGCUGUGGCUAAGCUGGCAGGGAUCCAUGAUGCUAUUCUCAGAAUGCCCAAUGGGUACAGCACACAAGUGGGGGAGCGAGGCCUGAAGCUGUCAGGAGGAGAAAAGCAAAGAAUUGCUAUUGCUAGAGCCAUCUUGAAGAAUCCUCCAGUUAUCCUGUAUGAUGAAGCUACUUCCUCUUUAGAUUCAAUUACGGAAGAGAACAUUUUGAGUGCCAUGAGGGACGUGGUAAGGCACAGAACAUCCAUCUUCAUUGCACACAGACUGUCAACAGUGGUUGAUGCAGAUGAAAUAAUUGUACUGGAUCAGGGUAAAGUUGCAGAGCGUGGAAGGCAUUUGGAUCUCCUUACCAGCCCCAGCAGUCUUUACUAUGAAAUGUGGCACACGCAGAGCAGCCGGAUGCUGAACAGAAAUGUCAACGACCGGUGGGAAGAGAGGAACAAUCACAUGUCCAAAGAGGAGGAAAGGAAGAAGCUACAAGAGGAGAUCAUCAACAGCGUGAAAGGCUGCGGGAACUGUUCAUGCUAAGCGUGAGCCCAGCGUGUCUCUCUCUGAUG